GAAGAGCGAAAUAUGGAAAUUAAAGGAUGCGUUAAAUGGUGUUACUUGAUGGAAAUAACAAUAAUUAAAACUUGUGGCGGCACUUUUUUGUACCUUAAUUAUAUGCAUCUUUAAGGCCUUUUGUCAGUGAUUAUGCAUGUGAUAACAUAUAGGCUAUAGAAGGUGGUAUGCUUUAUUUUGAGAUAGGGUUAGGGUUUUAAGAUCCCUAACUUAAUUAUGUAUUAAAACUGCUCACACUUAGUGAUAAAUGUGUCAACUUUCUCUCACGUGGUGGUUUUUUUUUUUUGUGACUCUGUUUAGCUGGUCUUGGUAAUGUCAUUUUAUGCGUGUAUUGCAUAUUUAGUUUAUAGGUAAAAAAUUGUUUAUUGCGUUUCACAUUUAAUGAUGUUUAGUUUCAGUUUGAUUUCACAUGUUGCUCUUUGGCUUCAGAUUUGUAGUUUCAUUUUCACUUACACUUAGCUUGCUUUGAUUCGAUUUGCUAUAUUGUUCACUCACUCUUGUUUCAAAAUUGUUCAUUUUUAGUACAUAUUCGACGAAUUCUCCGGUGUGGUAUGAGAGAGUCUUAGCUUGUUUUGUGUUUUUUUUUAAUUAGCACAUGUCUUCUAACUCAUGUUCUGUUUUUAAUUAGCGUCAUGAUGUCAAAAGAUUCUUGCUUAAACGUAUGUGGACCAAGUACUUGGUAGAGUAUGAAGCUGAAUUUGGAGCUGCUUUCGUUCAUGAUGUUUUUGAAGAUGCUCUUCGACAAAGGGCUAAAAUUGCACCGGUUACCGUCAGAAUUUGCUGGACUCCAAGCUACGUAACUGUUGUUGGACAGGGAGGAAUUUACCAAUCCAGUGUGGAUGAGAUUGCAGCUAAUGUUUCGGCCACUUCCUCUUGGUGCUCCGUCCGGUGACGAUUGAUGGUGUCGACUGCUGGGAAUGCCAAGACUCUUUCAGAUCAAGCUCCAAUCAUAUGACAUGGUUGAUAAUUUUCCUCGUAACUGUAGCAUUUACAUGCUGUCUUAUUCUCAAUUAUAGAUCUUGCAUGUUAUCCCAAUUUAAAUAGUCAUAUUACUUGGCAAUUUCGGAGCCAAAAAGACUUUAAAAAGUCUUCAGUUUCUGUCUUUCUCCUCUCUCUACUUUUAAUAUAUAUAUCAUUAGCUAAUCUACGUAAUGAAUGCAAUAUAAUAAUGGUUUCGAUGACAUCACUCAUUGCUCUUCUUUUAUUUUGUGUUUUUCUCUCUCUUCUUCUAAUCGAGGUACAAGGUCAAAUGGUCCGUACUCCGGUUAUGUCGCGAAUCCAUGCACCACCUUCAGAUUCACGUAGAGGCCAAGGUCCGUAGCAAAGUCCCAAUAAACGAAAGGGAAAAGUGGUAACUUAAACUUUAUGUCCAACUAGUCUCUUGUAUCUUAUCCUUCAAAUUUUAUUAUCAAAAAAAAUAAAAAUUAUCGUGUACAUAAAUUGGAAAGUAUGAAUUUAAUGUGCAAGUUGUUGUCCUUUGUUAUAGUUUUCAAUAGUUGCAAGGUAAAUAAUUUCUAAGGAUUAUAUGAUGUAUAUAGUAUGUACCAUUCAUAAAAAGGAAAGUACAUAUGUAUGUAAUGUGCAAUUUGUUUUUAUAAUUUGAUUGAGU